AGGAACCGACAGGAGCAAGUACGCCUUUCACUUCAUGGCCCCGUCCUCGGGCUUCCCCAAUUUCUCGUCCAUACCAUUUUCAUCUGUUCCCACAAAAUUAACGGAAAAAACUACCUCGAAUUUCCGAGGAAUGCUUGAUCUGCUGCUGCCCUUUCGAUCUGUUGGACCGCCGAAGCUUUUGAUUCUAGGUAGUUGCUUCUACAUACAAACGAGAAUAACAAAGUGAAGGAAUCUGCGAAUUGCUGUUCCUGGUUUGGCCAUCUUCAGAAGUAAGUGAGAUUUCGGGUUCGGACCCAAGGAUGAAUGCAAACUCUUCUCCUACUCGGCCCAGAUGGAAAAAGGUUGCAUAUGGAGGAAUGCAACCUGGGUAUGAUGACAAUUACACCGACGAGUCUUUUCUCGAAGACAUGGUCAUGAAUGCUAAUGUUGUGAAGCGAGACAUGAUAAAGGUGAUGCGGGAUUCGAUCUCAAUCUCUCAGUAUCUAAGUAUUGUUGCUUUGGUAGGAGUUGUAUGGACUUAUACUCUGAAGUCGACUCUUGAUGAGAAUUCGCUUCUGCUUAUCGAUGCUACCCUUCUUGUCUCGGGGUUCCUUGUCCUCCUCCUAACCGAAGAAAUGCUCUCCCUCAACCUCCUAUUCCAUUACUUCCUUAACAUAGCCUUCUUUAUGACGGGGUUAUACGUUCUUGCUCCAAUAUACAAGACCCUCACAAGGUCCAUAAGCUCCGACUCCAUCUGUUCUGUGACCGUUGUGCUGCUAAUAGUCCAUCUCUUCUUGCACGACUACUCCCGAUCAGCAGUGAACGCUCCAGGGACAUGGAAGAACCCGACCUUGACCAACUGCAUCUCUUUGAAUGCCUCCAUCGUGGCCUCGGUCUUCAUUGCUUCUCGCCUCCCUUCGUGGAGAAAUGUCUUUGCUAUCAUGCUCUUCUCAUUGCUGGUCUUCCUCUUCGCUCCGUUGGUCACAUACUGCAUCAGAAAGUACUCUUUCCGACUGCACAUCCUCUUCUCAUUCAUGCUGAUGGUUGUGAGUUUGGCUUUAGUGUAUAGGUUGCAUAGGUUGCUUUUCAUUAUGUUCCUGGUACUGCUGGUUUUUGUUACAAUCUUGUGCCCGUAUUGGCUUAUAAGGAUACAGGAGUACAAGUUCGAGAUUAAUGGACCUUGGGAUGAGGCUAAACUUUGUUUUGACAUUACAGACUGACUGAGGGGGAAGAGACUAGAUUGUGAAAUUCCUGUUCAUGUUUUUGGAUACCGGUAAGAUAUGUAAAUCUACAGGUUGUUCUUAUUGCUGUUACCUGAAUGAGAAGCAAUUAACAGAAAGUUGGUUAGAGUUUAUCCGUUCAA